ACUCGGUUCAUCGUGCGGGAAUGUUGAAAUUUGGUACACCGAUCCAAGAUCCGGAAUGUCGAUGCUCACGCUGAACGACCAAUAAUGUCAUGUUUCCGAAGCGGACCUUUCGAUUUUUGAUUCAUUCAAAUUUGUGUUUCUGAGUUCCUGAUGAGGUGUUUGUGUUUUGUGUUGAUUUUGUUCAGAGGGUGUUUUGGUAUGGGUCUGUGGGAGACAAUUUUUGGACCGGCAUUGGGUGAUGGUAUUUCAAUUCAAAAUAUGGUGAUGAAUUUUGGAUACAAAUUGACUGAACACGAAGUGAUAUCAGAAACAGGAAAUAUUCUAGUCCUCCAUAAAAUUCGUUCGAAAAGAAGAAACUUCAGAAAUGGAUCACAUACUCCAGCGGUUCUGAUUCAACAUGGUUUACUUGGAGCUUCGGACAACUGGUUCCUCCGAGGACCAGAGAAAGAUCUUCCUUUUUUAUUGUCAGAUGCCGGUUAUGAUGUUUGGCUGUCAAACAUGAGGGGAAACGUAUAUUCCAGGAGACACAUAACAUUGAAUCCUGAUUCUAGUUCUUCGUAUUGGAAUUUCGGAUUGCACGAAAUUGGUUACUACGAUCUUCCCGCUAUCAUCGACUACAUUUUAGACAAGAGUGAACAAGAGAGUCUCUUCUAUAUGGGGCAUUCUAUUGGGUCGACGAUAGCUCUCAUCCUAUGUUCCUUACGGCCAGAAUAUAACAAGAAAAUUCUUCUCCAUUUAGCAUUAGCACCAAUCGCUUUUGUAACACAUAAACCCAAAAUGUUUCACAAGAUGGUAUUUUCCGUGUUUCCUUUCGUUGAACAAUCGGUGCAGUCAAGAAAUAUCCAUGAAGUUUUUCCAAGGAGAAAAUAUUUUUCGAGACUGAUAGAGUAUUUGUGCCAGGAUGGAACGUACUUCCAAAAACUUUGCCUUAUGUUCAUUUUGAACUUCGUUGGUGUGGAUUAUGACCAGUUCAAUGCGACUCUUAUUCCUAAUUUUGCGAAGUACUAUCCGGCUGGAACAUCUUUAUGUAUGGCUUCAAAUUUAUACCAGUUGUUCACUACGGGUAUCUUCACAGCGAUGGACUUCCAAAAUAAAUCUGAAAACCUUCUGCAUUACCGAACUGAAAUACCUCCCUCUUAUAAUUUAUCAAAUGUUGUUCACCCAGUAACACUACACUACUCAGAUGGGGAUUACUUAGUUACCAAAGAUGAUAUAGAUAUGUUGGCAGAAAAGUUACCGAAUGUGAAGGAUAAGCUCAAAAUCCCUUAUCCUUCCUUCAACCAUUUGGAUUUCAUGUGGGCCAUAAAUUCCAAGAAAUUACUGUACGACCAAUUGUUGCUGUUACUCAAUAAAUAUUUGGAAAAUUGAUUCUUGUUUCACUUG